AUGAACGCGGCCCAGUGCGUCGAUACGAUUUGGAGCGCGUACGACCGCGACGACAGCGGGUACCUUGACAAGACAGAGACACGCAAGUUCGUCAACACGCUCAUCGCCGAGUACGAGAAGGACGGCGACGUCGUGCCGCCCGUCAACUUUGAAGAAUGUUUCACCGCCUUCGAUGUCGACGGCAACGGCCUUCUGAGCCGAAAAGAAAUGCGCAUCUUUGUCGAGCAGCUCAUGGGCUUCUAG